GGGUUGUGUACUGGUACCUUUCUGCCUUUCCAAGCUAAUCGAAACACACGGCCACUUUUAUUAAUAUGCAGGAAUAUGGAGAUAAGCCUUUGCGUGUUAACAUUGCCAGCAGAGGACGUGGCCGUGGAAGAGGCAGGGGAGCUGAAAGAGGCUUUCAUGGAGGUUCCCACCAGCAACAUUCAUCAGAAUCAACUCAUGGAAGUUUUGGCGCUCCUUUCAGUUCACAGAGACAUGAAAAUACAACUGGUUUCCCUGACAAACAAGAAGGAAGAGGUGGGAGCCAUGGAAGACGAAGGGAGUAUCCUGCAUCAAAAUAUGAAGAAUUUAAAGAGCCUGAUCCAGAGGAACGAUCACAACGGCCAAGAUUGAAUUUGAAGCCCCGCACAGUGAGAGACCCUGUAAAUCAACUUGCAGAUUCUGCUAGAAGAAUGGCUAUAUUUGGACAGGGAAAACCUCGAGAGGAGCGUAACGUGCCAGAUGAUUCUCAGGAGCAGCCUAGCGUACAGGAAAACACUUAGUGGACUAGUAGGAUAAUUAUGGUUUUCUCUAUAUUGUUAUGUUUUUUGAGCAAAGUGAAGGUUUGGAAGUUGCAGU